AUGUACGCGUCUAUAACACUCCUAAUUUCCGGCUCCCUAGUUUUUAUAUUUCUAACUUCACCUUCAUUUAGUUUAAAAUCACAAAGUUUUACAUUUUCCAAAGUUGAAUGUUUCGAACAGGAUAAAGAAUUUUUGGAAAUUAAAGAAUGUUAUCUGAAAACUACGGAACAUAAUAACAAAGCCAUUAGUUUGUAUAUGGAUAUUAAAAAUAAAACUUUCAAUGAAAUCAAGAUUCAUGGUCAAUUGCUGCAAAAAUUUCGUAAUAAUUAUCGCCCAUUUCUUUAUAAUGAUGUUUUCGAUUGGUGUGAUUUUAUGAAUAAUCAAAGGCCCCAUAUUCUAUGGAAUUUUAUUUAUGAAACUACUAAAAAAUAUUCCAAUUUAAAUCAUACAUGUCCUUUGAAUCAUGAUGUGAUUAUCAAAGAUUUCAUUGUCGAUGAUAAAAUCUUUAAAAUUAUACCCUUUGCCCGAGGUGAAUAUCUGGUGGUAUUGAAAAUUAUUGCAAAACUUUUUCGCAAAGCCAACAGUAAAUAUCGUCCAUUUCUCUAUGAUGAUGUCAUCGAUUAUUGUGAGUUUCAUAAUAAUGCCAAACGUCAUAUUUUCUGGAAUUUAUUGUAUACGAAUUUGGGCAAAUUUUCAAAUAUGAAUCAUUCGUGUCCCUACGAUCACGAUUUUGAUUGUUAA